AUGGGGCUGCGGGGGCCGGGCCAGGGGCCGCAGCAGACCGGAGCCGUUCCGGGCCGUGCCGCGCUGAUCCGCCGCUGGCCCCGCCCGUCCGUCCCCGCCCGCCCGUCCCCGCCAUGGCGGCGGCGUUCACCGCCCUCCGCGUCCUGCUCGGGCUCUUCUUCCUGCUGACGGGCGCCGUGAAGCUCUCGGACCAGCUCUCGGCCGACCUGCACCGGCACAUGAAGUCGGAGUUCGUGCGGUUCGCCGAGGUCUUUCCCCUGAAGGAGUUUGGGUUCGCGCCUGAGCCGGGCCGGUACCUGGAGGUGGUGGGCUGGGUGGAGGUGGUGGCCGGGCUGCUGCUGGCGUUCGGGCCCCAGCUCCUGCAGGAGAUCAGCAACUUCAUCCUCAGCGUCAUCAUGAUCGGUGCCAUCUACACGCUGCUGGUGCUGCGGGAGCCCCUGGCCAUGUGCGCCCCUGCCACCCUUUGCCUCGGCCUCCUCCUGCUGCUCAACAUCCGCGGGCACGCGGCCCCCACCAAGCCCAAGUUCGAGUGAUCGGAGGCCGGAAGGACGGAUGGCUCAGCUGGCGGGAAGCAUUGCCUUUAUGGUAUUUUCAGGAACGGCAUCGCUUCCCACGGGGUAACUUGCCACUGAGGCACGGCGUGUCCUCUCCUGCCGCUGCCGGGGACCCUGGCGCCGGUUGUCCCCAUGGUGCGGGUCCCAGACUGGUGCUUUGGGAUGGUGGCCGUGGCACUGCCGCCACUCCGGCAGCUCUGUUGCUAAACUCGCACAAGGUGUCUGGCUCUUCCCAGUGUUCGACACGCUGGCUGGGGCUGGCUCUGUUCUCCUGGGGGCUUUUGUAUUUUGGAAUAAAGCCUCUUGUUUUUCA